CCGAAUCAGACUUCACCGUCCCGAUCCGCCCCGCUAACCAGCACAUCUGCACCCUCGCGCAAUGGCCUCCAAGACGAAGCAGUCGAACAUUGAGGACGAUGACAUUCUUGCCACCCAAGAAAGGAAGAGUGCCCAGAAGCUCGCCAAGCAGCUGGCAGAAGGAGAGCAGAUGAGACUGCUUCAGGAAGAAAAGAAGUUUGAGCUGCAAGAAAACAUGAUGAGAAGACUCUCUCUCGAGGUGGCCAGGAAGGCCGAGGACCAGGAACAGCAGCGCCGGAUACAAGAGGAGCUCAAGGCGGCCGCCAACUCCGACUUGAUUCGGGCAAAGUCGCGCAAGGCCGCAAUCGAAAUGGAGGAGGCCGAGCAGAAACGGCGUGAGGCAGCAAAGUCAUAUGAGAACCUCCCAGCAAUGAAGCGAGCAAUCAAGGAGGAUAUCCAAACGGAGCUCUUGAAGCAUAUCAAGCCUCAACCGACCCACCAGACCGACUGUCGUGCCUACGUCCUCGUCUCUGGCCACGGACGUCUUUCUGGCCCGUCGUCGGCAGCUCGUCCACAGCUCCUCAUUGCGGCUCCUAAAUCGCCCUUGAUGAUUGUGGCGCCCAAGUCGCCUUUGAUGAUCACUGCACCUCGAUCUCCGUUGCUGAUUACAGCGCCUCGCCAGCAGCCCACGAUCGAUCCCAAGAAGCAACAGCUGAUCCAUGUUGCUAGCAAGUAGCUGGCCCCUCCCUCCGAGCCGACAAGUCCAGAUGCUCAACGGAACCUUACUCGCGGUCUCUUUGAGGACUGUCUCAUCUUGACUGCUUUCCUUCGUCACAACUAUGAAUUGCUUGUUCACCCAUACUUGUGAGCAUGACCCUGCACUGACUUCCUAGCAAUCCCCACACUGCUUGCAUGCGUAUACCCAGGGAUUGCUGUCGAUGUCUGUGAUUGUCCAUGAAGUCUUGUGAAAUCCAUCGAGUAUACGACGCUCACAAAACGGGUGCGACAAGCUAUUUGUUAUUCUGCACUCUAUUCGAAUGGCAACAGACACUCCCAUUUCAGUCGAACAUGUAGUUUUUCAAAGCCUGCAUCAAGCAAGGCCAUUUGCAAUAAACGCCGAUUACUUUGGCA